UCUUUCUCACUCCGGAUAUAAAAGGGUUCUCACUCAUUUCCAAACCCUAACUCCCACACCACGAAUCUUAGCAAGAAAGUAAGGUUUUGAGAGGAUUUGAAGUCAAGGAGCUUCCCAUUUCCAAGAGAUUGGAGGAAGGAGACCCCCCACCAUCAAUUCCACCAUAGGGAGUUCUAGUUUUUAUGCUCACGCGCUCAAGUCGUUUACCCCUUGAGCCGAUUAAUUUAGAGAUAGAAGCCGCCAAUAGAAGAAGAGGAGGACGAAGGAGAAGAGCAAGAGCUCAACAUCAAGUUGAGCCAAUGGAAAAUCCACAUGGGAACAAUGAGGGAAUUCCCCCUCCACCUCCACCUCCAUUAAAUCAAGACCAAAUCAUUCUCCAACUACAACAAGAAAUGGCGGAGAUGAGAAGGGAAAGAGAGGAGGAAAGGAGGCGAGAGGCUCCGGUUAGAGACGCAUUUGGGAACGUCAAUAUCCCACAUCCACCCUAUGAUACAAGGGUGAAUGCCAACAAUUUUGAGUUGAAGACAGGAUUGAUUCAAUUUGUGGAGCAACGUGUUUUCUCGGGAAGGCCCACGGAGGAUCCUAAUAGGCACUUAUCUAAAUUCUUAGAGAUUGCCAAUACAACUAAGCUUAAUGGGGUUCCCGACGAUACAAUCAAACUUAGGCUAUUUCCAUUCUCAUUGUCGGGAUAUGCUAGAGAUUGGUUUGAUAACCUUGAGCCGGGCUCGGUUACAAGUUGGGACGACUUAGCCCAAAAGUUUUUGGAUCGAUUCUUCCCUCUAAGCUCCACUCUCAACCUCCAAGCAGAGAUCUCCCACUUUAAAAUGAAGGGCCAAGAGUCUAUGUUCGAGGCUUGGGAGAGAUUCAACGCCUUGCUAAAGAAAUGCCCCAACCAUGGGUUAUCUCCGGGCCAUCAAGUGAGCCUCUUCUACAAUGGAUGCUCGGAGUUUAUCAAGAGUCAAUUAGACUUUGGUUCGGGGGGUUCAUUCUUGGACAAGGGGGUCGAGGAGUGCAAGAAGAUGCUUCAAAGGCUUGCCUAUACUAGCAAGGGUUGGAGCUCGGGCCGAGAUAGUUCAAUGCCGGUGGCUUCGGUUGUGGAUUCGGAUGCAUUCAAUCUUCUCAACCAACAAAUGAUGUUGUUGAAUCAAAAGGUGGAUGGCCUUAGUUUGGGAGUGGCACCUAUGGGAGAGCCUUUACAUACCGUGGAAGAUGUCAAUUAUGUGCAUCAAGGAGGGAAUCAAAGGAACCUCUACAACUAUCGCCCUAACAAUGGGGGUGGUAAUUACCAAGGCUAUCGCUCACCCUUCAAUGCACAUCCAAACCUUUCUUAUGGCAAUCCAAACAAUGCUGUCCAACCACCUCCACCACCUCGUUUCCCUACACCUAGUGGGUCGACAAGUGGGGCCGCUAAUGUGCCCACCAAUUCUAAACCUUCAAGUGAUGAUGUCACCCAUGAGCUUCUAAAAGCUCUAAUGGAGAAGACCGAUGGAAUCAUGACACAAUCUACUAAGAGAAUUGAUAAGGUUGAGACGGCGGUAGUGGAGGUCACCACGAGAAUGGGGGCUUUGGAGCAUCAAAUGAGUCAAAUUGCCCAAGCCGUGGGCCAACUUCAUCAACCGGGGCAAUUCCCAAGCAACACCAUUCCUAACCCAAAGGAUUGCAAGGCUAUCAAUUUGAGGAGUGGAACAAGCUAUAAGAGCCCCCCUAUGCCCGAAAAGGAAGCUAUUGUGCAACCCGAAGAAGAAGAGACAAUAGAAGUGGAGGCAUCAACGAAGAGCCCACCAAAAGAUCAAGCCGAGACAAUAGUUCCUCCUAAGCCCACGGAAGUUAAACUUCCUUUCCCUCAAAUGAUGCAAAAGAAAAAGAAGGAUAAACAAUUUUCAAGAUUUUUGGAUAUCUUUAGGAAAGUUCAAAUUAACAUCCCUCUUGUUGAAGCACUUCAACAAAUGCCAAGUUAUGCAAAGUUCCUCAAGGAUGUGGUAUCACAAAAAAGGAAAUGGGGGCACUAUGAGACGGUCAACUUGACGGAGAGUUGCAGUGCAAUUAUUCAAAGGAAGUUGCCGGCCAAAAUGCAAGAUCCGGGAAGCUUCACUAUUGAGUGCACUAUUGGAAAUUGCUUUGUGGGGAAUGCCUUGUGCGAUCUAGGGGCUAGCAUUAAUCUUAUGCCAUUGUCCUUCUUCAACAAGUUGAAUAUUGGUAAAUUGAGAUCGACUAGCAUUACUUUGCAAAUGGCGGAUAGAUCGGUGGCAUAUCCCUCGGGCAUAGCAGAAGAUAUAUUGGUGAGGGUGAAUGAGUUCAUAUUCCCCGUUGACUUCGUGGUGUUGGACAUGGAAGAGGAUAGAAUUGUACCUCUUAUUUUGGGAAGACCGUUCCUUGCCACCGGGAAGGCCAUGAUCGAUGUUUCAAAAGGGGAACUUACACUUCGCCUCAAUGAUAAGAGCGUGACAUUUUCGAUAUAUGAGGCCUUAAAGAGGCAUGAUGUGGAACCGGGAGGAAGCCUACAACAUUGCAAUGUUGUGACCGUGAUGGAUGAGUGUGUUGGAGGAGUGGCACCGGCCUCUUACUUGGAUGAUCAAUUAGAGAGAUGCAUUUCUCAUUCCAUGUAUUCUUCUCAUUCUUUUGAUAUUUUGGAUGCUAACCCCGAGUUGUUGGAAUUUGUAGGUGCUUUGGACUCGGCUAAAGAAAUCCCUAGAUCACUUCGUCCACAAUUUCUACCUCUUAGGAGUGGAAGUGAAUAUAGCAAUAAAGAUGGGGAAAACAAGAAGCUUGAGUUGAAGCCACUUCCACUACACUUGCGAUAUGCCUUUCUUGGAGGGAAUGACACUUUUCCGGCAUUUGAGAAGCUCAAGGCGGCGUUGGUGAGUGCCCCAAUCUUGAUCUCCCCCGAUUGGUCUCAACCUUUCGAGAUCAUGUGUGAUGCAAGUGAUGUGGCGGUAGGCUCGGCUUUGGGACAAAAGAGAGACAAGAUAUUCCGGGUGAUAUAUUAUGCUAGUAGGACAUUGGAUUCGGCUCAAGCUAACUACACCACUACCGAGAAGGAAAUGCUUGCGGUGGUCUACUCUUUUGACAAGUUCCGCCCUUACCUUAUUGGGGCCAAAACUAUUGUCUUUACUGACCAUGCCGCCAUCCGCCAUCUAUUUGUUAAGCAAGAUGCAAAACCAAGGCUUAUAAGGUGGAUCUUGCUCCUUCAAGAAUUUGAUUUGGAAAUCCGAGAUAGAAAAGGGUGUGAGAAUGUGGUGGCGGAUCAUCUUUCAAGAUUGGAGCAUGCUAGUGAAGAGGAAAAAUUGAAGUUGGUCAUCAAUGAAGAAUUCCCGGAUGAGCAUUUGUUUUAUGUGGCCAAGGGUCAAGUGGCAUGGUAUGCCAAUAUUGUGAACUAUCUUGUUGCUAAGGUGAUUCCCGAAGGACUUGAGGACUAUCAAAAGAAGAAGUUCUUCCACGACGUGAAGUUCUAUUUUUGGGACGAGCCUUGUCUUUUUAGAAGAUGUGCCGACAUGGUGAUUAGAAGAUGUGUCCCUCAAGAGGAGUGGGAGUCCGUUAUUAUGCAUUGCCACACCGCACCUAGUGGGGGGCAUUUUGGAGCUAACCGGACUGCUAUGAAAGUGCUCCAAAGUGGUCUAUUUUGGCCAACCAUCACCAAAGACUGCCAGGACUACGUGAGAAGAUGCAACGAGUGCCAGAGAAUGGGGGGUAUUUCUAAGAAGAAGGAGAUGCCAUUGACGACAAUUGUUGAAGUCGAGUUGUUUGAUGUGUGGGGCAUUGACUUCAUGGGGCCCUUUCCUCCAUCUAGUGGGUUCCAAUACAUUCUACUAGCCGUUGACUAUGUAUCAAGGUGGGUGGAAGCCAUUCCUACCCAAACUAAUGAUUCAAAGGUGGUGAUUAAAUUCGUUCAAAAGAACAUAUUCACGCAAUUCGGCGCACCUCGGGCUAUCAUAAGUGAUGGAGGGUCUCAUUUUCGCAAUAGGUGGCUAGAGGCGGUCUUAGCAAGGCAUGGAGUGAAGCAUCGGGUGACAACUCCUUAUCAUCCACAAGCUAAUGGUCAAACCGAGUUGGCCAAUAGAGAGAUCAAACAAAUAUUGCAAAAGAGUGUCAAUGCUAACCGUAGAGAUUGGGCUCUCAAGCUUGACGAUGCUCUAUGGGCGUAUAGGACGGCUUACAAGACGCCAAUCGGGAUGUCACCUUAUCAAUUGGUCUUUGGGAAAUCAUGCCAUCUCCCGGUUGAAUUGAAGCACUCAUCAUAUUGGGCGGUGAGGCAAAUGAACAUGGACUUCACCAAGGCCGGCAAGGAAAGGAAGCUUCACCUCAAUUUACUUGAUGAAUUUAGGAAUGAAGCUUAUGCUAAUUCCUCAAUCUACAAGGAGAGGAUGAAGACGUAUCACGACAAGAUGAUUGAGAGGCGUGAAUUCCACAAGGGGGAUGCCGUGUUGCUUUUCAACCACAAGUUGAGACUCUUUCCGGGCAAGCUAAAAUCUAGGUGGUCGGGACCCUUCACUAUCAAGGAGGUCAUGAGCAAUGGCACAAUGGAGCUCAAAGGACCCGAUGGAAGCACGUUCAAGGCAAAUGGUCAAAAUCUCAAGAGGUUCAUUACCAAGGAGCAACAAGACGAGGUCUUUGUGGUUGCCUUGAUUGAGUAGUGGAGCUUGCAAAGCGUCGGGCAAAUGACGUUAAACAAUUGCGCUAUGGGGGAGGCAACCCCUAGUAGGUAAAAUUUAUAGCUUUUGUGUUUUUGGUGUGUUUUUAUUUUGUUCUUGUUUUUGGUGUGUUUUGUGUGUUUUAAGUGGAACAGGAGAUAGGCUUUGAUGGGUGAAAAGCGGAC